UUCACAGGGCCCAGCAGGGCUGCAGCUAACACCUGGCUGGAUCCCGUGCAUGGCCGCCGUCCCACUCAGUCCUUGGAAAAGCGACCUAAAAAGUGACCUGAAGUGAGGGGAAGUAGAGGAGCAGACGAAGGAGGCGCAGGCCAGAGGGAGCGACGACCUUGAGUUUGAGAGGAGAAGAAAUCUGAGAAAAAUGGUGGCUGCCCCCGUCCACUCUCUCUGUCUACUCAUCACAGUGUUCCAGCUGUCUUUGUUACACCUGGUCCAUGGUGGGGCAUAUUAUGGACAUAAACAGCCACCUCAGCAGCACCAGCCAUUGCCUCAGUACAAUGAUGGGUUUCCCCAGCAGCAGUUUUUGGGGAACGAGAUGCCACACCUGCCUUACAAAGGCCAAGACGGGCCAUUACUGCCUCAGUAUGGAAAAGAGCUUCCUCAACUGCCUUUGCCACUGGGCAAAGAGAGGCCGCUGACUGAAGGCAAAGGACAAACAUUCCCCAGAGGGGCCAAAGGUCCGCCUCCCCCUGGUCCUGGUGGAGAAGGUCUCAGAGAGGGACCACAAGGAAUUCAGGGCCCCCCGGGACCAACAGGGCCACCAGGACCACAAGGCCCCUCUGGCCUACCAGGCCAAGGAUUGCCAGGGUUACCAGGAAAGCCAGGACCUCCUGGUCCUCAAGGCUACCCAGGAAUCGGAAAACCCGGCAUGCCAGGAUUGCCAGGAAAACCUGGAGGACCCGGAUUACCAGGACCAAAAGGCGACCUCGGUCCUACUGGUGGUGAAGGACCAACUGGACUUCCUGGGCCUGCAGGGCUCCCAGGUCCCCCUGGACUCCCAGGGAUUUCAAAACUAGGAGGUCAGGGGUUGCCUGGCCAUAUGGGUCCUCCAGGGGAGCCUGGCCAAAAAGGUCCACCUGGGUUUCCUGGUCCUCCGGGCCCCAAAGGAGACAAAGGACUUGGUCAACCUGGUUUGCCAGGUUUGAAAGGACCUAGUGGACCCCCAGGUCCACCUGGAAAUGUGGGCUUACAAGGGGUUGGUAAACCUGGGCUGAAUGGUCUCCCUGGACAACCUGGGAUACCAGGGAAGUCUGGUCCUUCUGGAGAGCCAGGACUGGCAGGGUCGCCGGGUGAGAGAGGCCAACCAGGACCACCAGGUUUGCCAGGGAUUGGAAAACCAGGAAAAGAUGGUUUCAGGGGGCAACCAGGGCCUCCUGGAGGAAAAGGGGAAACAGGCCCUCCUGGUUUACCAGGUGGUCCAGGCUUGCCAGGUUAUGGUAAGCCAGGGUUUCCAGGACCUAAGGGUCACAAGGGACAUGCUGGUCUUCCUGGACCUCCAGGCCUAAAAGGUGAUAAAGGUCAUGGAGGUCCUCCAGGGGUCAUUGGUUCCACAGGUCCCAGUGGUAUUCCAGGCCCACCAGGUCCGAUAGGGCCUCCAGGCAGUCUUGGCUUCCCAGGGCAAAAGGGAGAGGAUGGUGUGGUGGGACAAAAAGGAAAUCCAGGAAUGAAGGGUGACAUGGGGCCUCCAGGUCUUCCAGGACAACCAGGUUUGGGAGGUGGUGGUGGACAACCAGGACCAAGAGGUUUUCAAGGGCCCAUUGGCCCUAAAGGAGAACCAGGUCUUAGGGGUUUACCUGGUGCCCCUGGUGCUGCAGGAUUACCUGGACCAAGAGGAGAGGUGGGACAACCUGGAGACCAAGGCUACCAGGGACCACAAGGUAUCCCAGGCAUUAUAGGACCAGGGGGACCACUUGGACCUCCUGGACUGCCAGGGCAAAAAGGUGAAACAGGCCUGCCUGGUAAACCUGGUUAUCCUGGUGAGGGAAAGCCAGGACCUCCCGGUCCAAUUGGUCCUCAAGGUAACCCUGGGACAAGUGGCCCCGCUGGACUUCCAGGACAACCAGGACAACCAGGACAACCUGGACCCCCUGGUCCUCCAGGACUACCUGCUGCAUCUCCUGAUCUCGGACAGAUCCUUCCUGUAAGCGGCCCAUACACUGGCCAAAAACAAGGUUACAAAAAGCCGAAGAAUGGAGGCGACAUCGGUGGAAACGUUGUGGAGAUGCCUGCGUUCACAGCUAAGCUCACAAAUCCGUUCCCUCCUGUUGGCUCUCCUGUCAUCUUUGACAAACUCCUGCACAACGGCAACCAGGACUACAACCCCCAAAAUGGUAUUUUCACCUGUAGCGUCCCAGGGAUCUACUACUUUGCUUACCACAUCCACUGCAAAGGGGGGAAUGUGUGGGUGGCACUGAUGAAGAACAAUGAGCCAGUGAUGUACACAUAUGAUGAAUACAAAAAGGGCUUGCUGGAUCAGGCAUCGGGGAGUGCCGUACUCCCGUUACGUCAAGGAGACACUGUGCACAUACAGCUGCCAUCUGACCAGGCUGCAGGACUUUAUGCUGGUCAGUAUGUCCACUCCACGUUCUCUGGAUACUUACUGUACCCAAUGUAAGAAACGUGUAUAGACCAAGGCAACAGUAAUGACACAUUGAUGGUAUCUUUUACCAUAUUUAUGGUAAAACUACUGCAGUCUCGAAGGUACAGUGUAGGUCAAGUUAAAUGGUUUACAAUGUGUGGUGGCAAGAUCAUCUUUUUUAUAUACAGCAGCAACAUCCUUCAUUUAAUAAUUCUUUGCAUUAUAUGCACCACAUGUUACAACAAUGGAGUCUCAGAAAGAUAUAGAGUCAUGAAAUAAUGGCAAGUGUAUUCUGGUCACUGGCUAUGAUGAGUGAAAAGUUUCUUGUGAGUGCUGUGGAGAGAAGAGGUAAAAAACAAUACCAAAUAUCUCAGUUGUCAUAAUUCUUGUAUGUUUACAUUGUGCAUUUAUUCUUAUAUCCAUCCACACACAAUAUAUCAGUGUUCAUGUCAUGGCUGGAAUAAUUCCUGGAACUAUGAGGCUUUAUGUUGCAGAAUUGUAUUCACUCAUGUUUUGCUUUACAGUUAUAUACUGUAUACUGGGCACAUAACAACAUAUUGGUUUCAUUGUGCAAUGCAUUUACUCAUAGCUAUCACCACAUAAUGCUGGGUUAUGUAUUUGGGGUCAUGAUACAGUUAUUAAAUUAUUGUUAGUCUUUUUUUGUUAUCUUAAAAUGCAGCUUUUUAAUACGACAAAAUCUUAAUACAAUUUUUACAUAUUCAUCUCACAGUGAAAGAAGUAUUUGGGUGAGUUUCAGUCUAAUUUCAUAUCAUAUCUCUGUCCACAACAGAACAGUUUUGUCCACAAUUUGGCAGUUGAACUAUCUUUUGAUUCUUCACUUUCGACCAUUUAAUGUCAUGAUUUGUCUUGUUUUGAUUGUAAUAGACAUGAAUUCUUUAAAAAGGGUUUUGUCAGUUUGUCAGUAUUCUCUGUAAUUUAUUUGUUUGACUACUGAUUAUUUGGGAUUGUGUUAAUUUCUGUGUGUUGACAGUAAAUGAUGGAAUUCAUUCCAAAAUGCAGAACGUGCACCUUCUGUGGCAAAACACAACGCUAAUAUUAGAAAAUAUGUUCACACUCACACCCAUUUAUACCAACAUGUGUCCGUUACUUUCUUUUUGUACUUUAUUUCUCCAAACUGGAUGUGCCAUUUUGGAAUGAAAUUCUUUAAAAAAAAAAAAAAAAAAAAUUCCUCCUGUUUUUUUUCUUUGCUUUGGACAAUGGUGCACAGUAUUAAAUAGGAAACUGUGCCUAAAAUAUGUGAAUUUUGUUGCUUUGAUUUGUUAGAUAUUGGUUUAAUAAAGAAAUAAAACCA